CGCUGAGCGCUCGGCUACGCGGGCGCGGCGAGGGCGGAAGUGGCGACGCUGGCGUCCCCUGAGUCUGCGGCGGGCGGCAGUGACGGCCCCAGCGCUGACGGCGGCGGCCCGGGGGGCGGCGUGGACGCCCGCGGCGCCGGCUGGGGCAUCACCGCCGGCCUCGACCCCGAAAUGGCGCUGCUGGCCGAGCACCUGCUGAAGCCGCUGCCCGCGGACAAGCAGAUCGAGACGGGGCCCUUCCUCGAGGCGGUGUCCCACCUGCCGCCCUUCUUCGAUUGCCUCGGGUCCCCAGUGUUUACUCCCAUCAAGGCAGACAUAAGUGGCAACAUCACGAAAAUCAAAGCCGUGUACGACAGCAACCCGGCCAAAUUCCGGACCCUGCAGAACAUCCUGGAGGUGGAGAAGGAAAUGUACGGAGCAGAGUGGCCCAAAGUGGGAGCCACGCUGGCACUGAUGUGGCUGAAAAGGGGCCUCCGCUUCAUCCAGGUCUUCCUCCAGAGCAUCUGCGACGGGGAGCGGGACGAGAAUCACCCCAACCUCAUCCGCGUCAACGCCACCAAGGCCUACGAGAUGGCCCUCAAGAAGUACCACGGCUGGAUCGUGCAGAAGAUCUUCCAGGCAGCGCUCUACGCGGCACCCUACAAGUCUGACUUCCUGAAAGCGCUCUCCAAGGGGCAGAACGUGACAGAGGAAGAGUGCCUGGAGAAGGUCCGCCUCUUCCUGGUCAACUACACGGCCACCAUCGACGUCAUCUACGAGAUGUACACCAAGAUGAACGCCGAGCUCAACUACAAGGUGUAGGCACGUGCACCCCAGCAACCGGCUAACCCGAAUCACUGUGAAUCAAGCUGGCGGGCCGCCCGCACCGGCCCGCGUGCCCCCACCCCGGAGCGGCCCAGAGUCCGGCCGGGGUCUGCAGGGGCCGGGCGGCCCAGGUUUUUUUUAAGUCAUUUUUGGGGGUAUAUCCUCACGGAGCAAUAAAUAACGAUCCUACUUCCGAAUCUCCUUUGAAUUUCACAACAGCACAGACUGACUUUAUCCCUUCAUUUCAGUGUGGGAAAGAUCAAUUAAUGUUUCUAAUCAAGUUCUAAGGUUUGUUUUUGUUUUUUUCUCCCCCCACGCGGAGCAUAACUCUGGGGGAACUGUGUGUCAUACCCCUCCCUUGAAAAAGAAGCAUGUGUCCUUAGGAUCUGGCUGAAUGAUGUUUUGGGUAUUUUAAGGACCGUGAGGAGUUUGAUCUGAAAUUACACAGAGCCCCUGUUGUGGGAUUUUUUUUUUUUUUUAAAGCAAACUGGCGUGUGUUCUCAUGUGGUUUGCACAGCCCGACCUCACAACAGUCAUUAAAGAUACUGCUCUUUCUUACUGUCUUUUGCCAGACAGUUUUUUUAUAGCCGAAACCAACCAGCAAGCCUUUGAUGGCCACGGGGAGGGUUAUUUUAAAGCUAUCAGGCACAAAUGAGUGGCCCUGUGUGACUAUAUUUGCAUUUUUCUGCAUAGUUAUUUUCUUCAGGGACAGCUUUUCCAACCUAAGAAACUACCUACUGUGUGAACUCUCUCAAGGGGGAGAGGAUGAACCCUCCAUCUACUGAGACCCAAGAAAAAUGCCUCGCUGCCUUAACUGUCCUUCUUGGCGCUAAAAAGAGCUGUAUUUUUUAAAGUGUUGGGGUGAACAGAGCAGCCCCAAAAGAAUUGAUGUGUGUUAAAAACCCACUGAGGAACAAUUGGUGAUUUUUAUGCAGAGACCAAAUGAUCCUUAAUAAACAAAUCUCUAUUUUGGAAUC